AUGCAAGAGGCGAAGCACCCCACCACCACAAAGCUCCCGUCGCAGUCCCAAUCCUCAUCCUCAUCCCCAUCCCCUUCGGCUCCCGCCGCGAACCCUCUCCGAUACCAUCACGGCUACGGGCUCGGCGGCCAGGGCUUCGUCGCCUUCCCGUGCGCCGUCAAGCAGCAGGUCUUCGUGGAGGGCGUCCCCGUCCGAGAGCCGCCCCUACCGUUCUGCGGCGUCGGCGUCGGCUGGUUUCUGUGA